CUCUCGGACAUGGCGGCCAUCAGCCAGCAGCCGCCUGGCUUCGUCUCACUCCGUUCCGAGUCCGGAUCUCUCGGUCCUGCCGUUCCGCCCCACCGUCGCCGGCGCCUCAACAAGAACAAGAAGAAGAACUGGACCAAGCACAGCGAUGUGAAGGAAGUGGAGGAGUUCUUGGAGGACGUGCGGCUCCAGGAGAGGACGGUGGGAGGUCUUGUGUCUGAAAAGACAGAUGACAGCCUGUACUUCGUUGACACAGGAAAUGAAAAGAAAGAUCUCAUUCACAAUAAAGGAAAACUGAAACCCCUGUGGGUUGACCUCGUUCUACAAUCAGACUCCAAAGUAGCACCUCCGAAAGAUAUUUUAGCGCAUCAGAUUCCCAACAGUCGGAAGCUGAGGAAGAAAGCGGACCAGGAGAAGCGUUUUGGGAUUGUCCGUCGGAAAGAACGGCUGCUGUUCGCCAGGCUGAAGAAGCCUGCAGUGAUAGCAAAGCCCAGCGCCAACAAUGACCCCACUCGAGGCUUCUAUGACCUUUGGUCAAACACAAGUCCCCUUGACAAAGAGCUUGAAGGCAAGGAGGAAUGGUUCCUGGAACAGACCAAGCGGAAAAGGCAAAAGCGCCCAGAGAAACUGAACCAGAGACCCUCGCAAGUGUCUGCGAUAGAAGUGAUUGCCCCAGGCGGUUCGUACAACCCAACAUUUGAAGCUCAUCAGGCUCUGCUCCUCACUGCUCAUGAAGUGGAAGUUAAGAAACUGAGAGCUGAGGAGAAAAUUGAUCGUCAGUUAUCUUUACCAUCUUCAACUGAACUUGCAACAAAGGAAACUGUCCUUGAGGAACUGUGCCAGGGUCUGUUAGAAGAUUCCGAAGGCGAGGAACACGAGGGCACUGUGCCGGCCGGUGACCACACGGAAACGGGAGACGGGCACGUGUGGAAUGCUGCCUCUUCUGAGAAGAAAACUGAAAGAGAUCGGAAAAAGGAAAAGCAACUCAAAAUACAGGACCAGAAGCUGAAGCAGCUGAAGCAGGCACAGGAGAGGCAGCAGCAGCUCUUCCGCCUCCGCUCCAUCAAGGGCGAGGUGAGGCAGCUGGAGGUUGAGCUGGCAAAGAGGAAAGCCGGGCGUGCGGAGAAACGGAGGGCGGAAGCCAGCAAGCCCCGAAGACUGGGCCGGUUGAAAUAUGAGGACCCUGACCUUGAAGUGAAACUCAGUGAUGAGCUUGUUGGUUCACUCCGGGCUUUAAAGCCAGAGGGAAGCAUCCUUGGCGACCGCUUUAAGAGCUUGCAGAAGAGGAAUCUGAUUGAACCCAGACUGAGAGCGAAGUUCAAGAGGAAGUACAAGCUAAAAUAUGUUGAGAAGCGGGCGUUCCGAGAAGUUACAUUGUAACCGCUGGAGGUGGAGAAGAGAAUCCUGUGGCUGGAGUUGAUAGUAAUUUUCAUUUUUAUUGGCUGCCAAAUAAAAUGUCAGAGACUUAUUAUGAA